AUGGAUUACCCUAAGGAAAUAGGUGGACUGAGAUGGAGGAAGACGUCGUCUCUUAAACCCAUCAAUGUUGGAGAAGCAAACGCACGCAAAGAAAGAGGAGAAGAAGAAGAGCUGUUAAGUCCAGCAGCUCGGUUGUUCCACGAGCCCAACUUCAAUGUCUACAUCAUCGCCAUUCUGGGUUGCAAGACCAGGAUCGACCCCGAUCUCGUCAGAGCUAAAUUGCCCCACACUUUGCUCAAGCACCCUCGCUUCUCCAGUCUACAGGUUUCGGUGGAGGGCGGAAAGGAGGAGAAACAAAUGAAGUGGGUCCCGACGGCGGUCAACCUCGACAACCACGUGAUAGUCCCCCCGGAGAUCGACCAGUCAACCUUCGCCGGCGACGCUGACGCGGGGAAAAAGUUCGUGGAAGACUACAUCUCCGACCUCACAAAGACCAAGAUCGACGGCUCCAAGCAGCCGCUGUGGGACCUACACCUCCUCAACGUGAGGACGUCGGAGCCGGACGCGGAGGCCGUGGGGGUGUUCCGGAUCCACCACUCGCUCGGCGACGGCGUGUCGCUCACUUCCCUGCUCCUCGCCUGCACGCGCCAGAUCGCCGACCCGGACGCGCUCCCCACCAUCCCGACCCCACGGAAGAAGAAGGAGGAAGGCCUAUUAGCAGGUGGAGGGAGAAACGGCGGCGUCCUGGGUCGGGGGUUUUGGCGGGCGGUGGUGGCGGUGUGGACGGCGGCGGUGCUGAUGUGGAACACGGCGGUGGAUGUCGCGGCGUUCAUUUUGACGGCGAUUUGGGUGGAGGACACGAAGACGCCGCUCAAAGGCCCGCACGGGGUGGAGUUCCUGCCGAGGAGGUUUGUGUGGAAGACCAUGAGCUUGGAUGAUUUCAAGCUCGUCAAAAAUGCCAUGAACGCGGUAAAAUCUAGGCUGGCUCUUUUUCUUUUAUUUGGUCAACAUGAGAUGAGAAGGGAAAAUUUUAUUGCUUCAAGGAUUUAAAUCAUGGAUUUGAUAAAAAAAAAAUCAAUCAUUAUGGAUUUACACACAAUCCAUUGUUUGCUUUAUCAAAAAAUGUUUAGAUAAAUCUGUGGCCCCCACAAAUUUGGGAUUUUUUUGCUCCAAAUUCAUGGGCCCCAGGUUUUAUAAAUCCCAACUCAUACCCUGGGAUUUAAAGACAAGCUGAAAAACCAUCAAUCUAUGAUAAAAAUAGCUCAACAAACAAAGGAUUUUCUCAAGCUCAAACUCCCUAAUAAAUCUCAAAGUUUUUAAUUAGCAAAUAUAUGACAAAAUCCUCGUUAUAAAAUUCUUGAAGCAAAUCAUCCCUUAAUUAAGGAACUAACUCUCAACGUAACUAACUGGAUGCAGACCAUAAAUGAUGUUGCUCUUGGAGCUACCCAAGCUGGGCUGUCACGCUACCUCAACAGAAAACUUGGAGGGAGAGAAAACGAUGGAGAAAAGAACAACAGUCUCCCGGCAGGAAGCAUUCGCCUCCGAUCAACUUUGCUGGUGAACGUGAGACCGGGGCCAGGGAUUCAGGCAAUGGCGGACAUGAUGGAGAAAGAUACAGAGGUUAAAUGGGGGAACUGGAUCGGCUUCAUACUGCUUCCCUUCACCAUCGGCAUUCGAGAUGACCCAUUGGACUACGUCCGCCAGGCCAAAGCGGUCGUCGACAGAAAGAAGCGCUCCCUCGAAGCUCUCUUCACUUUCUCCAUUGCCGAGUUCGUGCUCAAGCUCUUCGGGACCAGAAGGUCCAAUGCUCUGUCCCACAGAAUAAUCACCAGGACGACACUGUGCUUCACAAAUCUGGUUGGCCCGCUGGAGGAGAUUGGGUAUUAUGGCCAUCCUUUGGCUUUUCUCGCUCCCACCUCUUUCAACCAGCCACAUGGACUGAUGAUCAACUUCCAGAGCUGUGUGGACAAGAUGACGGUGGUACUGUCAGUGGAUGAGAGCACCAUUCCUGAUCCGCACCAGCUAUGCGAUGAUAUUGUUCAUUCGCUUGAGCUCAUUAAGAAUGCGGUCAUAUCUUCUCAUGGGCUUUCUCAAUCAUGAAGUCUCUCUAUAUAAUUAAUAAUAAUCUUCAUGUGAAACUUCCACUUGUCCUUCUAGAUUAAGAAUAUUAUAUAUGUAUCCAUGUCAAGGAUCUAUGUACUCCU